GCCCGGCACCGACGCACACUGCCCGGUAGGCUCCSAGAGACGGGCACUUGGGCCCUGUGAGCGGCGUCUCGACAGGCGGCGCUAGGACCCUGUAGAGAGCGGCGGGGGCGGAGCGGGCGGCACCAGGACCCGGGGGAACUGCGUCGGGCGGGUGGCGAGCAGGCCCGGAGGCCCGGGGGCCCGAAGGCUGCGGGCGGCGGCGCUGGGCCCGGCGCGGCGAGAGAGGCCCCGAGAUGCCGAGCAAGAAGAAGAAGUACAACGCGCGGUUCCCGCCGGCACGAAUCAAGAAGAUCAUGCAGACGGACGAAGAGAUUGGGAAGGUGGCGGCGGCUGUGCCUGUCAUCAUCUCCCGGGCGCUCGAGCUCUUCCUGGAGUCGCUGUUGAAGAAGGCCUGCCAGGUGACCCAGUCCCGGAACGCCAAGACCAUGACAACGUCCCACCUGAAGCAGUGCAUUGAACUGGAGCAACAAUUUGACUUUUUGAAGGAUUUGGUGGCGUCAGUGCCUGAUAUGCAGGGUGAUGGAGAAGACAACCAUAUGGAUGGGGACAAGGGUCCUCGCAGGGGCCGGAAGCCAGGCAGUAGUGGCCGGAAGAAUGGUGGGAUGGGAGGCAAAGGCAAGGACAAGAAACUAUCCGGAACAGACUCGGAGCAGGAGGAUGAGUCUGAGGACACAGAUACUGAUGGGGAAGAAGAGACACCGCAUCCCCCACCCCAGACCAGCCGCCCCUCUGUACACUUUCAGAGCCCUCCGACCCCCUUCAUGCCCUUUACUUCUACUUUGCCUUUGCCUCCGGCCCCCCCAGGCCCCUCAGCACCUGACGCAGAGGAUGAAGAAGACUAUGACUCCUAGCACCCUCUGCCCCCCAGGCCGCACCCCCUUUUAGUUGAUUUUAGUUGCUCUGGGGGGAAGAGAUAAACUGUUCUUAAAUUUAUUAAAAAAUAAAUAAAAGGGAACAUCAGUGUCU